AUGGAGAAUUUUAUUUUAUGGCGGAGCCAGUUUUCUUGGGAGAGGCAACAGGCACAGACGUUGCAGAUCUGCAUGGUGUACUUUAGGUCUGCAACAGAAGUGGGGCAAACUUGGAUCCCCAAAGGUGCUGCCUGGCCUUCCAAGUCUGAUCUUGUUCUAGAUCACAACAUGGCUUCUGAUGACAUAGCAGACAGCACUAACAAGACCAGUUCCAGCAUUUCAGAAGUGCUGCACCUCUGUCAGAUUGAUGCUGAGACCAUUCUUGGCAACUUGGGAUUCACAGAGGAAUUAGCACAGGCUGCCACUUGGAUCCCUGAUCGGUUCUUUUCUGUUCCAUCCCAAGCUGAGGGCAUCAAUUUCCCUCUCUUUCUAAGAGCCCAGAUCCAGAGGAUUGAGAUGGAGGAUCCUUGCCUGAUGUUAGUAAGUCGGUUCAGAGAUGUUCAAACUCUGGGUGCAACAGCUGAUGAUUGCUUCUGCCUCUAUUCAUAUAUAACUAAGACCUCAGUGCAGGAGAUCCCACCUGGCCGCUUGUUCUGGGCCUUUCCAGAAAUCCCGGAUUCUUGGAAUAUUCCUUCCCAGCCAGAGUCUUCAUCUCCUCUCUAUGCCCUGCAAAAAGCUAUGCAAUUGUGCAUCCCAUCCCGGAAAGAAUGGCCCCCAAGAGCAUUCAGCGUGCAGUCCCCUGUGAAUUGCUUGGAACAGAAAAUGUGGGGCAUGAUACACAAGGCUCACAAAGAGGCUACUUCUCCAGAUGAAACCAGUGAAGAAUCUGAUGAAGGGUAA